CGUAGGCCCAGCUCGCAUAUUGCCUGCUUUUCGAUCGCACCGUGAUUGUCCUCGCGUCCAAUAAUUAUCACAUCUCAGGUGUUUACAACACCAGGCUUUCCAUUUUCAUUGAUGACUGCAGCUAAUCCAGUCAGCCAACUCCUAUCAACCGGUUCUAACCGCAACAGCACCGUAAACUCCCUUGAGAGGUACGCUGGAAAAUGAGGUUAAAUUCAGAACAGUACCGCUCCGAAUCUUCAUCAGUCUCUCUACUGGGAUCCAAUACCAAUAUCGCUUUUGUCCUGCUCAUACUUUUCAAGAACUACGCUGCGCCGGAAAACAUGCCGUUCACAACUGUCGAAAGACCUGUCAACAAUAUGGUCCCUACCGACCAGGCUGCCGGAAGCACUCGAUGCGCCAAGGAAAACUGCAACGAUUGGGCGGUGGCCAACUCUCGCUACUGCAGCACCAGGGAUGAUUGCUAUAUUACAGCCUCGGGUCUCAAAUGGGACUUCUCUUUGUCGAAAGGAAGAUCAGAGCUUUCGCCAUGUCAGCGUCAUACUAUGCCAACCGACUUAUCACAUGUAUGCUGGGGAACAUUCUCAGCCAGGGUUGUUUAGGUAGUGCGAUCAAGAAAUAUUGAGGGCAUAUGUACAAGUGACCGU